AGCUAUCUCAUUCGACUAAACUAGAUGAGACAGAGGUCAGUUUGAUUAUUUAUAGUUGAUCACUCUGGGAACUAGCUAGUUUAUUAUUACCAGUUCAUACUUGGAAGUCCUCGUUAUCUGCAAGCAUAAUAAGCACGUUCUGUAUACAAUCUUUUACUGUUUUAAAAUCCCACUAUUACUGUUUCGAGUAUUUUCUUUUACUGUAGGAAUCCAUUUGGCAAUUAAUAUACAUUUCUUGAAAUUAAUCAAUCAAAGCAACUGCAACAUUUAGUAAUUACCACAUAUAGAUAUAAUGGAUGACACAGAAAGUAAUGCAAGUAGGAGGCUAAGUUGUGAAGCUUUGGGAAAGAGAGCCAAACUUGGUCAAGUAUAUAGCAAGAGGAAGCAUUGCUAGGCUAUCCAUAAAUACCAAAAAGCUUUGCCCUAGAAAGAAUGACUCUAAUGAGCAGCAAAGAAUAACCAGCAUUGUAAGUAAUGCAUCAAGCAAUCACACAAUAUCCUCAUUCAGCACUAUUGUCCUACUGGCUUAGUGUAAUUGUCACUGCCGAGAAAUGAAGCCUCUCAAAAACAAGCCAUCUUUGUUUUCACCAUUUUGGUCAUCUUCUACUUCUUCUUCUUCGGUUUUGAUUCUAGUGCUUGUAGCUCUCAUUUGCACGUUGGGCGUCACAAGUUCGUUUUCAUGGUCAUGGAGAGUUGGUAACGUACUGGGUACUGACUACUCUUCAUCACUAGCUUUCUCAACAAAAGCAAGGCCUAGUUCUCAAGUAGUGCGUGAGGAAGCGGCAGCAGAAGCUCAUCCUAUUGUCAGUCCUUCAUCAAAUGAUUCAGAACCAAAUGAAACAGUACAUCUUCCCCCCAAUCAAAUUGUAGAGAAACAAGAGGUAGUGUUGAAUGAUAAAGAAUUUGGUGAAAUUAAUGCUACUUCUGCAUCUGAAACAAUAAGUAUAAAAAGAUACAGCAGGUUAGAGAAACUUGAAGCAAGUUUGGCUGGAGUUCGGGCAUCCAUAAGAGAAGCUGCUCGAGUACGAAAUCUGACUUCUACCCAUGAAGAUCCAGACUAUGUUCCUCAAGGUCCAAUAUAUAGAAAUGCAAAUGCUUUUCACAGGAGUUACUUGGAGAUGGAAAGGCUGUUCAAGAUAUAUGUAUAUCAAGAAGGAGAUCCACCCAUAUUUCAUAAUGGUCCUUGCAAGAGCAUAUAUUCUACAGAGGGAAGGUUCAUUCAUGAAAUGGAAAUGGACAAUACUUAUAGGACCACAAACCCAGACGAAGCCCUUGUUUAUUUUCUUCCAUUCAGUGUGGUGAUGUUGGUUCAGUACCUCUAUGUGGCCGAGUCCCAUGACACUGAAUCCAUUGGUCGUGCUGUGGUUGACUAUGUCAAUGUCAUCUCUGAUAAACAUCCCUUUUGGAAUCGAAGCCUUGGUGCUGACCACUUUAUGCUUUCCUGCCAUGAUUGGGGGCCUCGCACAUCUUCUUAUGUUCCUCAGCUAUACCACAAGUCCAUAAGGGUACUAUGCAAUGCAAACACUUCGGAAGGAUUCAAUCCUUCCAAAGAUGUGUCAUUUCCAGAAAUCCACCUCCGAACUGGCGAAACCAAAGGACUUCUCGGUGGUCUCUCCCCCUCUCGCCGGUCAAUUCUCGCCUUCUUUGCAGGCCGGCUGCAUGGCCACAUAAGGUACCUGCUUUUAAAUGAAUGGAAAGAAAAAGACCAAGAUGUGCAAGUUUAUGACCAACUUCCCCAUGGAAUAUCCUAUGAGUCAAUGUUAAAGCAGAGCAAGUUCUGCUUGUGCCCCAGCGGUUACGAAGUGGCGAGCCCAAGAAUUGUAGAAGCCAUCUACGCAGAAUGCGUGCCGGUCUUGAUUUCGGAUAAUUAUGUUCCACCGUUCAGUGAUGUUUUAGACUGGAAGUCAUUUUCAGUCCAAGUACAAGUGAAGGAUAUACCAAAUAUCAAAACAAUACUAAUGGGAAUAUCUCAGAGCCAGUACUUGAGAAUGCAUAGGAGAGUGAAGGUGGUGCAGAGGCAUUUUGUGGUGAAUGGACCUUCCAAGAGAUAUGACGUUUUCAAUAUGAUUGUUCAUUCUAUUUGGCUCAGGAGGUUGAAUAUCCGCAUUGAGGAUCAGGUCGAAUAGAAGCUACAUGUAUAAGCUUUUUAUCUAAUUGGGAGGCAAUUUUUUUCAUUAAGCGAUCAACCCUUCAGUUGUUUUAACUUUUAACAUACAACAAGAAGAGAAGGAAAGAAAAUAAUACA